GUUCAAUGGAAACAGACUUUGACCGACGCGACCACGAGCGACCGGCUCUGAGCCGUGCUGCCUCGGGUCUACGUCCUAUGGUGCAACAACAGCACCAGCAGCAGCUGCAGCAACAACAACAACAACAGCUUCAGCAUGCUGACCACUCCGGCCCAAGGGAGCGGGCAGUCAUCGCCCCACUGCCCGCUGCAGCAGCCGCGUCGGAAUUCAAUGACAGCGCCCCAGGACCCGUCUCGCCGCAUGCCGAACUCCAUGCGCAUAGCGGGCCAAACAACGCGAUGGAGGACUCGGCAGGCAAGCGCAAGCUGUUCACCUUCUUUCGCUCGGGGAGCAGCGGAGGCAACGCGUCCUCUGGCCCGAGCGGACUCGCCGCGCCGCCACUCCCGCUGUCGCCCAUGACCCUGGCGCCCCACCAGGCAGGUGCCCAGUCAGCCUCUGCGGCUCACGUUGCUCGGGCACACCCUGCCUCGGCGCCGCACUCGCCUCCGUCCGUGUUACUGCGCGCAUCCACGAGCGCGAAUGGUUUGUCCGCGCUCGAUUCUGCCGCAUCACCACCGGCUCCGGCUCCUGCGACUGCUGCACCCUCGAGGCCACAUUCUGCGUUUGGCAUGUCAAUGUCUCGACACCGCUCAAGCACACCGUCGGCGUCGUCGGCGUCGUCGUCAGCGGCAUCCUCGCCGGGCUUCUCGCCGUCGUCCCAGCCCAGCAGGCGAACCAGCAGCUACCAGCGACUCCGCAGCCGACUGACACUGCCCACGUCGUUCUCGUUGCAAACGUGGUCGUCGUCGUCGGCGUCGGCGGCGUCGUCGGCGGCUCCUCCUCUGUCGCCACCCCCGCCGCAAUCGCAAGACGCUACCAACAUGACCAACAUGUCGCCUUUCGCGCGCGAGCGAUUCUCAUAUCUGAAUCUGAAAGGCGUGUACAAGCGUCGUCGUGCAGAGCACCAUGCUUCAAGUCAUAGCGGUGAUCAUGACGCCACUACUGCCGCCAGUAGCCAUUCGAGCGCAGUGUCAGGUCCAGCCUCCUCUUCUUCUUCUUCUUCAGAUACCAACUCGUCCUUCUUUUCCUUCUCCAUGCCAACGUUUUCGCGCCGUGCAGCUUCGGCGUCGCUGCAAGCCUGGCUGGCCGCUCGCCGACACCAUGGGUCUGCACGGUUGCAUGGCCAAUCAAGCCAGUCCGAGCUGGAUUCGCAGCAUGUUCUUUCCGCUGGCUCAUCGUUUGAGCGCACCCAGCAAGCGUCCUCCGGUGGUGCAUUGCCGGUCGGAAUUUCCCCUUCCACUCCGGAGGCAACGGCCUUGCUUGAACCGCUGGAAAUGCCGAGCUCGUCAUCAGCCGCCCGUUCGCCGCACCAGCUUCGCCGCUCGCACUCGACGCUGUCGACUCACUCGACCGGCUCGACCCAUUCUACGCACUCGUCCAUCUCGUCGCAUUCCGUGCACUCGUCCGUUUCGGGCACAUCGUCCCGAAUCUACUCGACCGCGCAUGCGAGAAAUGUUCUGGGCGCAUCUCAUCUGCUGCCCGGCCGCAACGGACCAGCUUCCUCUCCGUCGUUGUCGCGGUCGUCGUCCACCUCCUCGUUUGCAUCGGCAUCGCAGACAGACCGCCAGUCUCGCGAACUGGCGUCUCCGUUCGCGCAUCGGCCGUGGUUGCAACGGGUGGUCGAUUGGAGUCGCGUGUUUCUUCGCUUCCUCUUAUUCCUCGCUUCCAUUUCGGCGGUAUUUGUGCUAGUGGUUGUCCUACUACUCGUUUGGGGUGGAUCCUUCUUGAUGCAGGGAGCGGCAUUAGUCUUGUUCUCGUCCUUCAAUUUCCUUUCGUCGCUCACUUCGGGCCGUCCGGCUGGUUCCGCGCCUGCACCUGCGAGUGCCCCGAGCAUGUCGUCGUCCAACCCCAUGUUUGGCCGACCUGCUGCCUCGUUCUUCUCGACCUUUUCCUGGAUGAUUCUUGCUGCCAUCGCUGCGCUGAUUUACUCGUCGACAAAGGCCAAGUCCUCGCCCGUCAAUCAAGAUCGCUUUAUUGCUCGCCGAGCCGAAGUUCGCGGUCGGGGUAUCAAGCGUGAAGCAGGUGCAGCUGGCUCUGAAAUCACCUUCCAAGUCGUCUUCAAGCCGUUCGUCUUUGCGUCUCUCACUUCCAAAGAGGUGUUGGACAAUCUCAAAGUGACCAUGUCCGGGCCUUGUCUCGUCGUGCCUUCCAUCACCGUUGUUGAACUUGAUCAGGAUGCCGCAAUGGCUCCGGCGACCGCCUCCCCCUCCAGCACCAGACAUCGCUCGUCCUCCACAACAUCGACGUCGAGCGCCACAUCGCCCUUGUCUUCUGCUUCUGCUUCUUCUUUUUCUUCUUCUCGAGUAUCCCACGCGUCUGAUGCUCGGCGGCGUGGCGGUUCGAGAACUACCUCUGUCUCAUCCCACACAACAACCGCACCAGCAGCUCCGGUAGUACCGGCAGCUUCCGCGCCAAUCACGGCGUUUGCUGUCGAGCAAGGCAUCGACCCGUCCUCGCAGGUUGCCGCUGCCGCCGCCGUCGCAGACCUUACCGCAUCGACAGCGUCGCAAUUUAUCAAGUCCUCGACCUCCACUUUGACAACUUUUAUCAAGCAAUCAGCCAAUCCUUCAAAAACCGUCCCCAUGAUUGUCGCCAACAUUGUUUACACCGCCUCGCGACCUGGCACCUUCAAAGUCCGCAUCACCUUUGACGGCUUCCCGAUUGCGAUGGAACACUACACGGUGCACAUUACGCCAGGCGACAUUGACCCGUCCAAGUGCGAUAUUUCCGGUGACUGCAUCCAGCGCAAGCUUCCUGUUCGGGGAGACGAGGCAGGCGAACUCCGACUGACUCUGACCACGCGUGACCGCUUUGGAUCCCCGCGAACCGGCUGCGUGUCGCGCGUCGACAAGUUUGUCUUGCUCAUCGAUGGCGAGCCCGUCGAUGCAGACGUGACUGACUGCGGGAAUGGCGUGCUUUCGUUGGUGCACGUGCCACUGGCUGCGCGGCUUUCACGAGCGACGCGGAACUUUGCCGUGGCGGCCCCCGCCGCCCCUCCUCUGCUCUCGCCCCCAGCGUCUCUAAUGUCGAGGUUUUCGUCCCCUUCCUUCUUCCCCUCCUUUGGCGGCAGUGGCCCAACCUCCGAUGGACCCACCAAUGCUGGGCAAGGGUCUGUACCCGCAAUCCCGACUGUCGGAACCAACUCGAUUGUUGGUGGCUUGACGACCGGUGCUUUGGCGUCCGCUGGUGGAUCAAGCACCGCCGCCGCUGUGGACGGCAGCAAUUCUGGCACCACUCACAACGUUGGCUACAUUCCAGCGUCCCAUGGCGCAUCCAGCCUGUCGAAUCCUCCUUCUUCUGGCUCAUCUGCCGUAUUUUCCUCGUUCAACUCGCCAGCGUCAUCGUUGGCUGUUGCGAAUGGGCCUGUCGCGUUCGUCAAAGCGCUGCCAUACAACAACAACAAUAACAACAACAACAGCAACAGCAACAGCCAUUUAUCGGGUAGCUCAACGUCAGCGGGAUCUCCAGCUGGGUCUGCUGCGGCCAGUGUGUCUGUGGUUGGCGCGGAAAUGGCCCACCCGGUUCUUGUACCUCAAGCGGUGCCAGCUGCCAUGAGCGCAUGCGGACUCAAGUCGUGCGUUGUAAUGUACGACGGCGCUGUCGUCGGGGAUGGUCCUUUCGACGUUCUGUUCCUCUCCACUGAAGACACGCGGACGGUCGACAAGUGUUUGAGCCACACCGAAACCUGGUUUGAGGGUCAAAUGCGACUUCCAGGCUCGACCACGAUGGACAUUUGGAUUAAGGUUACGCCCGAUACCAUUCUAUUUGCAGCCUACAUUCUUCGUGUCAUUGCUCGGCGGCAAUACACUGGCCGUAUUGCACCGAAUCUCCAGGUGGCGUUGUCUCGUGCGGACUCUCAAAAGUUUAUCAUCGGCGCCCGCCGCAUCGAGGUCACGUGUGCGCAACGCAACAUUCUCUAUGCGCUGCUGAUGCGACUAGCAGCCAAUCGAACAGGUUGUGUAAGCAACAAUUUCGCGGACAAACAGGUCUAUUUUUCAGAGGAGCUCCGAAACCAACAUCCGGAAGACGCGCGACAAGUGCAAACCCGAAUUAUCGUGGAUCGACUCAACUUGCUGCGUUCGGCACAAGCCACCAUUGGCGGCUUGAGCGAUGUGCAACUCAGGCUGCUCAAUCACGUGCAGUUUGAGAACGAGCAGGGCAUCGAUCACGGAGGACUGCGGCGCGAAUUUUUCACGGUGCUCUGCGCACAGCUGUUCGGAGAGCAGACGGGUCUCUUUGCCAAACUCGACAGCUCGUCGUCGUGCGUCCAUCCUGUGGCAAGCAAGCUCAACGCGCACUCCAGAGACCGACUGUCGCUCUACCGCUUUGCCGGCACCGUGCUUGGGAAGGUUGUGUACGACACUUGCGCUCGUGGCUCUCCGCUGUUUGUCAACGUACGUCUCUCCCAGUCCAUGCGCCGCUACUUGCUUGGGCUGUCGUGCUCGGUUGCGGACUUUGAGGUGGAUGACCCAGCCUUCUUCCGUACCAAGAUCUUUUACGUACAAACAAACAACAUGGAUGCGCUGGACGAGACGAGCGGGCUUGAGCUGUUCUUUGCGGAGGAAGAGUACGACAACCAGGGUCGCGUCCGCAAGAUUGUUGAAUUCAAGCCCAACGGCAGCCGUUUGCGCGUGACGGAGGCAAACAAGGGUGACUAUCUUCAGCUGCUGUCCGAGUACCGUCUCGUCCGCCGCGUUCAUCAUCAGCUCGAGGCCUUCGCCAAGGGCUUCCGCUCCGUUAUUGACGAAGACUUGGUGUGCAUUUUUUCCGACCGCGAGAUGGAGCUUCUCUUCUGCGGCUUGCCUUCGGUGGAUGUUGAUGACUUUCGCCGUCAUACCGCGUACAUUGGCUACUCGAUCACCUCUGAGCCCAUUCAAUGGUUUUGGAUGGUGGUUCGCAACUUUUCUCAGGAGCAGCGUGCUCGGCUGUUGCAAUUCAUCACGGGAUCCUCGCAAGUUCCACUUGGCGGGUUUGUCAACUAUCGCCCGUCUAUCACCAUUAGCUACCGAGCAACGACGCGCCGCCUCCCUUGUGCACACACAUGCGCCAAUACCUUGGAUUUGCCGCACUACCUCUCCUUUGAAGAACUCCAAGAUAAGCUAUCUCUGGCGAUUGCAGAAGGCUCUGAAGGGUUUGGGUUUGCAUAAAGUAUGGGCGGAUUUUUUGUAUUUUUACCGAUUGAUUUGGUUUUUUUUUUUUUUUUUUUUUUGUAAAGUGUUUGUUUUGUUUUUUUGUUUUUUUUUUUCUGGUUUCUUGAUUUUGCCUUUGUAUUAUACUUCCACGAUUGUACAUGUAUUGAAACACACGUUGC